AUGAGCAGAAAUGGAAAAGGAAGAAGCAUGCGUAUGUCGUUGGCUCAGCAAGAUCGUUACAAACAGGAACAAAUCAAUCAGUUGGACACCAAUGACAGGCCAGUUUCUUCCAACGACAGUCAUGAGCAUACCGAUCAGCAUUAUAAAAUACCUUUUCCUGUUGCCAUGUGGGACUUUGAUCACUGCGAUCCUAAGCGCUGUUCUGGAAAAAAACUAGCAAGAGUUGGAGUCAUGACCAAUUUGCGAGUUGGUCAACGGUUUAGUGGUAUUGUCAUGAGAGGUGUAUGUGCUGUUUCGCCAUCCGAUCGUGAUAUUAUUAUUCGAUCUGGCAUUGCAGUUGUAGAUUUGCCAUAUCUUGUUGCUGCGAAUCCCGUAAACUAUGGAAAGCCCUCUAAACUCAAUUGUGUAGAGGCUCUUGCUGCCUGCUGCUUCAUUACUGGUUUGGAUGAUGCUGGACAUGCAUUGUUGGAAAAUUUCGGAUGGGGUCAUGCAUUCUACGACAUUAACAAAGAGUUGUUUGAUAUCUAUUCCAAAUGCACUGAUGCAGCAGAUAUUGUUCAAAAGCAAACAAAGUACAUUGAGGACAUGGAGCAAUCGUAUAUUUCACGCAGAACUCGAGACGAGAGUCUCUUGAUGCCAAAUCCCAAUCGCGACAACCAGGAUUGCAGCGCGAUGCUUUCUAGAUCUUUAGAUAGCAGUGAUUCUACAAGUGAAAGUAAAUUAGGCAAUUCAUCCCAUGGAGACAGGACAGUGCAGGAGCGUAGAUACGAUAUGCCUUUGAGCGAGUCUGAAGAAUCAAGCUAUUAUGACAGCGAAGAUGAAAAGGCUACAGUUGAACUUCGAGAUAAACUUGGAAAUAUAAUCAUUGUAUAA